AUGACACUCCCAGUGCGCGAGCAUUUUGUAAACAAUGAUAUUUCAGAACUCCAAAAAGCUAAUCUUAGUCCAAUCGAUGGUUAUCAACGCUUAGUCGUUCUCACAUUAGAAGACGCUACGAAAGAACUGGUUCCACUUAUCUCUGAUCUCGAAAAUUCUGUACUGAUAGCUAAAAUAAAAUGCAAUAAAAGUUCAACUUUGUUGACAUGGGAUGAAUCAGCAGCAAUAUACCUUUACACAAUGUCCAAAGAUUUCUUUCCUUAUCUCAACAAUAAGCUCCGAGCUGAAAAUCGGCAUGAACUAAAACCGUGAGAAUCACAGCCUGAACCAGGACAUCUGUUUAAAUGGGGGCUGAAGGAGGCGUAUCAGCGAAAUAAUCGUAUUGAGCUUAUUAUCAAUCCGUCACAAUCUUUUCCAAUUCAGCAAAGCUACAUUAAUUUAGCCAUCGUGGAAACUAAGGAACAACAAGAAAACGAGAAGAAGCUCCUCAAUGCGCAACCCAGUCGUGAGAUCAUCAGGACUUAUGAAGAAAUAUACGACACAAAGACUGGAAUAGAAAUCAAGAAUAUUUUUGAUAAAUGCAAAGAUAAAACAAAAAAAAUUCUUGUCCUUGGACGAGCUGGUACAGGAAAAACAACAUUUUGCCGAUAUGUCACCCAUCGAUGGGUACAAGGUGAAAUUUGGUGUCAUUAUCAACUGGUUGUUUUAAUCGAACUACGUUUGUUGACAACCAGUCGCUAUCCAGCCAAUGCUAGUUAUUCACCAGUUGAUCUAGUAAAAAAAGAAUAUUUUUCGAAUCGUACGUUAUCGGAAGAAGAUAAACAAUGGUUCAACGAGCAGUCUGAUAAUGGUCAAGUUUUAUGGAUAUUAGAUGGUUAUGAUGAAUUCCCACAAAACAUUCCAGGACAAUUAAAAGAUGUAUUCAACCAUGUACGUAAAACACAACAUCACAUCCUGACCUCUCGCCCUUAUGCGAUUGCGUUGUCAUACGAUGUACACUUGGACAUCAUAGGUUUUACAGAUGCUAAUAUUGAAGAUUAUGUGAAGCAGUUUUUUGCCCAAAUCAAAGACAAAAUAUACAAUGCAGCAUUUCAAGCUCAAAAAAUACUCACUUUCUUAAAAUGUAAUUCAAGAAUUUGGGGUAUUGUACAUAUUCCAGUAAACCUAGAAUUAAUGUGCAGUCUUUGGUGUGAUACUGAUUGGUCAAAAACAACAACAUUGACAAUGACAACCGUGUACGAUAAAAUGAUAGAAUGGCUAUGUCGACGACAUGCAGAAAAACAAGAUGGUGGAGCUUCACAAAUGAGAAAAAACGCCGUUUAUAGACGUUGCCAUAAAGAAUUGACAUUCUUAGAAACCUUCGCUUUUUAUGGAAUGCAAGAAAAUACUAUAAUUUUACGGCCAAAAUUGCUCGAAAAAGUAGAGGUAGAUACCGGAUAUUGCUUGGACGAUCAUCCACAACUACUCUACAUCGGUAUUCUAAAAUCUUGUGACGAUCGUCCAAUUGGGACUCAUAUUGACGCUGAAAAAAACCACUACUUUCUUCAUCUCAGCUUCCAAGAACAUUUUGCAGCACGAUAUCUGGCAAAAGCUUUGAAUGAUGUAGCCCAAAAGCAAAAUGCAAUCGAUUUUAUCAAAACUCACAAGUACAAUCAACGGUUCGAACUGGUCUUCACUUUUGCGUCCGGUCUUCUGGUUGACCGCAAUAGUAAAACAUGCCUGAAUCUAUUCUGGGAGACAUUAUUAGGAGAGCCGUUAGAUCUUCUUGGUUUCAGACAUGUACAACUUCUUAUUACCUGUCUAGAAGAGGCUGGUUGUAAUUCAGAAAUUCCUCAGUUGCGUCAUUCCAUGAAUUUAAUAAAAAAAUGGAUAAAGUUUUCCAUAUACAACAACCAGCUUGAUAUGUAUCUUACAAAUGGGAACACUAAAGUUAGACGCACAGCGUGGGAAGCCAUUCGCACAUUGGGCGAAAAAGCAACCACAAAUGAAGUGAUCGAUAGACUCGGUGCUGCCCUUGAAGAUACGUAUUAUUACGUUCGAUGGACGGCCUGUAAAAUUGUAAUCAACAUCGGCGAAAAAGCAGCAACAAAUAAAGUAAUUAAUGCACUCAUAACUGCACUUGGAGAUUCUGACACCUACGUCGCAGUGACAGCAUAUGAAGCUCUCUGCAUAAUUGGUAACAAAGUAGCAACCGAUGAUGUGAUUAAUGCACUCAUCAUCGCACUCACCAAUACAAAUUCUGAUGUCAGACGCCAGGCGUGUGGAGCUCUUAACAAAAUUGCUGCGCAAUCGCCAAACAAUAAAGUGAUUAAGGGACUUCUCGGUGCAGUUUUGAAUGAGGAUCCUGAAGUCAGGUGCCAAGCGUAUCAAGGUCUCGACAAAAUUAUUGGAAGAGGAGUAACUGACGAUGCGAUUGAUGCAUUCAUCAUAGCACUCACCAAUACAAAUUCUGAUGUCAGACGCCAGGCGUGUGGAGCUCUCAACAAAAUUGCUGCGCUAUCGCCAAACAAUAAAGUGAUUAAUGGACUUCUCGGUGCAGUUUUGAAUGAGGAUCCUGAAGUUAGGAACCAAGCGUGGGAAGGUCUAGCCAAAAUUGAUGAAAGAGGAAGAAAGGAUGAAAUGAUUCAUGCACUCACACGUACACUUCGCGAUAGUGAUUCUCGCGUUAAGUGCCAGGCGUGUGAAGCUCUUAGCAAAGUUGUUGGGCAAUCGCCAAGUAACACAGUAAUUAAUGCACUCAUCGUUGCGCUUCUUGAUACGAAUUCUGAUGUGAGGCAGCGAGCGUGUGAAGUUCUCGAAAAAAUUAUGGAACCAAAUACAAUGGAUUAUGUGAUUAUGAAGCUCGUCGGCAUCCUUAAUGAUACGAACUCCCAAGUCAGAGUCUGGGCAUGUGAAGCUAUUAGCAAAAUUGGAGUGAAAUCGCCAAGUAAUAAAGUGAUCAAUGGACUUCUCAGUGCACUUUUGGAUAAGAAUCGUACAGUCAGGUACGAAGCGUGUAUAGGCCUCGAAAAAGUUGGGGCAAUAUCAGGAACCAAUGAACUGAUUAGUGAAUUAAUUAGUGAACUAAUCAGUGCACUCGGGGAUCUAUAUUAUCCAGUCGCAGAAACAGCGUGUGAAAUCCUCACAAAAAUUAGUGGGAAUGGAGCAACGGAUGACCUGAUCAAUGCACUUAUUAGUGCACUUGGUGAUAAGAAUGAUGAUAUCAAAUACAAUGCACGCAUAGUUCUCUUGAAAGUUGGUAACCAAAGACCAUGCGGUAAAGUAGUUAAUAGAGUGACUAGGGCGCUUAGAAAUAGGAACGAUGAGAUCCGACGCAAUGCGUGUGUGAUUCUCAGCAAAAUUCAUGGACAAAAAGCAACCGAUGAACUGAUGAUUGGACUACUCAGUGUACUGGAGUGUUCGGAUUUUUAUACCAAAGAGAUUGCAUGUGAUGUUCUCUGUGCAGUAGGUGAAAAAGCAGCAACCCGUGAGGUGCUUAGUAAACUGAUUAGUGCACUGACGGAUUGGAAUGAUGAUAUGAAAUGUAAAGCGUGUGAAACUCUUGGAAAUCUGGGCAAAAGGGCAGCAACCGAUGAAAUUUUUGAUGGACUUGUUUAUGUACUUGAAAAUAGCAACUCCGAUGUGAGAUCUAAGGCGUGUCUAACUCUCGGAAAAAUGGGUGCCGAAUUAGUAAAUCCCAAAAUUCUCAAUGGGCUUAUUAAUGCGCUUGGAGAUACGUCUGAUGACGUCAGAAAUAAUGCGCGUGUAGCUCUCAAUGAAUAUGGCAAAAACGUAGCAACGAUUGAAGUGAUUAAUAGCAUAAUCAAUGCACUUGGGAAUGGAAGCGAUGACAUUCAAUGCAAUACGCAUAUGACUUCCAGAAAAUCUGACAAAAAUGAAACUACUGAUGAAUUGGCGAAGAUGCUCAUUACUGCGCUGAAAGGUACGAAUGACUGCGUCAAAAUGCAAGUGUGUGAAUCUCUGGGUAAAAUGAAUAAUAAAGUGGCAACGAAUAAAGUGAUGCGAAGAUUAUUACUGGGAUGGAGUGAUGCUAGUCCUGAGAUGCAAGAUACUGCGAUCAAAAUGAGUGAAAAGACAUUGUGUUCUUUGUCGUGUAUGGUUAGUUUUGAUAGCUGUACUGUAGAGGAACUUUUGUUGUGUAUUGAUCGGUUCAACUGGAAGCUGAUGGACGAAGUCUCCGCAAACAAUAUCGUCAAAGCUUUUCUGAAGACGAAAAUUUUAUUUUGGCGUCCCAUUAUCAAAACAGUUUUAGUUCGACAGGGCAAUGGUAUCAGUGUUAGUGAAGAUACUAUCACGUUAUAUGGUAGUAAGGAACCUGUUAAGAUAUCCGUUCCAGACAGAAAUCUUGGAGAACAAUUGAAAAAUUAUUUAUGUGAGGAUGUUUUGGUAAGUUACAUGGCUGAUGAAGUGACUGAGUCACCGUGCGAUGGAUGUGCCUGA